UGCAGCUCGCAGUCUCCCCCUCAGCACAGCAGCCCCCGCUCAUUCAUACAUUUUAUUUCUCAAACAACAAACCCUUUCGCUUUUCCCCCCCCGCAAUGUCGGCCGCCAGCACCGAGACGAGCGCCCCGCUGCCCACCGCCGGCAGCCGCGUCUUCUUCCAAGGUGCGCCCGGAGUCGGCUGCGUGGGCUCCGGCCCCAUCACCGGCUCGGACGACCCGGUGCAGAAGAAACAGGGCAAAGUGACGGUCAAGUACGACAGGAAAGAGCUGCGGAAAAGACUCGUGCUGGAGGAGUGGAUCAUCGAGCAGCUCAGCGAGUUGUAUGACUGCGAGGAGGAGGAGAUGCCAGAGGUAGAGAUAGACAUAGAUGACCUGUUGGAGGUCAACAGUGACGACGAGAGAGCCAGCAAACUGCAGGAAUCAUUAAUAGACUGCUACAAACCAACAGAGGACUUUGUCCGUGAGCUGCUGGGCAGGAUAAGGGGGAUGAGAAAACUCAGUGCGCCAACCAAGAAGGGCCUAUAAUGGCUGUGUGGUCAACCAUCAAUCAACCAUAAACUGCGUCAUCUCAGCUCCACCUACUUAACCCACCCAACAUGGACUGUCAUCACACAGAAUAACUUAUCUAAACAUAACAGCAUUAGUAACUACUCUGCAACCUGCAAACAGGCACCAUAAAUUCCAUAUACAUAUAGCACUAGUCAUUCAUUUCACCAUCACGUAGAAUAACAAGGUGUAUUAUUAUAUUUGACUUUUGAAAGGUACGCAAGCGAAACAGAGCCAACAUGGUUUAAAAGCAUACAGCCACAAUAAAAUGUCAAAAGCCCUGGAACGUGCCAGAACUGCAACCGUGCUUCAACAUGAACACCACCUGAUUUCACAUUUCAGAGCCAUGUUACAAGCUGACGCUGUAAUCCCAACAGCCAUACAGACUAAAACACCAACACGAAGGGAGGUGGUAAAUAAAUUAAAAAAAAAAAAUGUUUGUACUGCAGUAGGUGUGAAAUUAGCUGUAGCACUAUGUAAACACAGUGCUUCAUGAGUUUGUCAUUUUUUUACUGAGGUGCUGUUACUUCUUUUAAAAGAUGUACUGUAUGUUGCCAUUUAUUGUUCAUGUGGUUGAAAUGUGGUCUUUUUUGUCCUACUUUAAAGUCACCCCGCUUGUCCUUACUCCGUCAGUGCUUGCUGCAAACGUAAGGGAGCUCUGUAGUUUUGUUUUAAGCACAAGGCGUUAAUACAUCAACUCUGUCCUUUUUGUGACGUGUAAACUCUGGAAAAUGUGGGGACAUCUUAGCAAGCGAGGCGAAAACAGCGCGAAUAUUCUUGCUUCUUUUUUUUUUACCCACUGUUCCUGUAUACUUUUCACCACAGCAAGGCAUGAUGGGUGUUGCAGUUCUCCACACGAGACUACAAAACCUGUAUGAUUGGCAGCCUUUCACUUACAAUGUUACGCGGUGUCGUCCCUCAUCAGGUUACAUAUCAGUUUUAGGUUCAAGCACAAAACCCCAAACAUUGUUUCUCACACUCUGGUUCACUUAACUAACUCAAACAGUGGUUGACGUUGCCUUUAGGGACAUUCAGGAUUUCUCAGCACUGAACCUUAACUACUGACAACCUACAAAGGCAAACACAGCUGAGUCAGAACCUGAGGACAACUUGAAACUUUGACACUUAAACCUGUCAGGUCCUGUAAGGGGUAGGUGUGCCAAAACUGGGAGUAUCACAUCUCGAACGUCAUACGUCAUGGAGGCAUUAGUGUGACACGGCAUUUCCACAGAGAUAGUUUGUUACGUUUGUGAAACAUCUUCGAGCAGCCGCAGAAUUUUUUAAGAUGUUUAAAACUUUUCCAGGUUGCAGAUGUUGUAAUCUCAUAAUCCCAGGUUUAAAGAGGUGGAUUUAGAUAUUUAUUGAUGUUAAUGUGCACCAACAGACUCAAAAAGCUCUGGUACAAUCAUGACUCUGUUAAAGGGUUGGGCCCAGUUUCACAUCCGAGCAGUCAAUCGUGUACCGACCGGAAUGGAGCAGACAGAAAUCUGCCAUGUGACAUAAACCCUCAGCUGCCAAAGACAAAAGCAGGGCAAUGUUUGAUUUUAACGUAACACUUGCAAAGCACCCGUCUUGCAUGCUAACAACAGAGACAGAAGAAAAACACUGAUAAAGAGUAUAGAUAUUAUGAACUUAUAAUCAAGCAAAAAAUACUUUUCUGACUUAGCUACCAUGUCUGACUUUGUAGAACAUUUUGUGUUGAAACAACGUGACGGUCACGUUGGAGAGAAUCCAGGAAAAUUUUAAAAAUGGUGCUGUUUUUGAUGUUCUUCCCAGGUUUCGGUUGUUUAAAAGACAUUUUCACUGUCGAUUGAUGCCAGAGAAAUGUGUCUGGAAGAAGCGUGUCUGUCUUUAUUGAUGGGGUGCGUUCAGUCUAAAGUGGCGUCCUCUUUGCGUUUUCUUUCCUCAGUCUGAAAUGAGCUGAAUAGACAUCGCUACACUCAGUGAUUUGUCGGAGAAAGAUCAUGCGUUUCUGGAUCAGUGAAUCGGAAAGAAAAGUCAAAGAGGAAGCCCUUAUAGGAAAUGCACCCUGGACUCAUGAUGAGGUACUCCAUAGGAUUUUCUCUGUCAGGAAACAGUUCAGGGGCAGUAGGCUGAUAUUUUAUAAUUUAUGGGAUUUCAUGUGGAGAGUAUUUUGAAAGCGUCCAUACUAGAAAGCUUUACGUUUGCAUGUAUUUUUAAAGUCGCAUGUCAAGGGGGAUAUUUUGUUGGCCCAAGGGUUUUUAUUUUACAAAAUGAAACACUUUCCUUUUUAUACCUUUAUUAUUAUUAUUAUUAUUAUUAUUAUUAUUAUUAUUAUUAUUGAGACUAAAAUAUUCAGUUUUUCAGCUGCAGUUUUGUUUUUCUGUACAUCCACAAUAAGCGUUCUUGUUUUUAAAAUGUAAUGUGGUGUGUGGUUUGUUUUUGCUGAUAAUAAAAAUGCAGGACUCUGUACUGUUUAAACAGA